AUCAAUGGCCUCAUGGAGUCCAUGUUGACGACAGGGUUCCAAGCCACUACCUUCGGGCAGGCGAUAGCGGAGGUCAACCGGAUGAUCAACUGGCGGCUGAGUGACGAGCCGGUGGGUCCCGCCACCGACCCCGACCACGUGGACCCGGCCUUCCGCGCCAACACGCGCUGCAUGAUCUUCCUGGGCUUCACCUCCAACCUCACGUCAGCCGGCGUGCGCGAGCACAUCAGGUACCUGGUCCAGAACCGCAUGGUAGACGUGCUGGUCACCACGGCGGGCGGCAUCGAGGAGGACUUCAUCAAGUGCAUGGGGCACACCUAUCUAGGAGACUUCCAACUCAAGGGCUCGGAGCUGCGCAUGAAGGGCCUGAACCGCAUCGGCAACAUGGUGGUGCCCAACUCCAACUACUGCAAGUUCGAGGACUGGAUCAUCCCCAUCCUGGACGCCUGCCUUACGGAGCAGAACGAGCAGGGCGUCAACUGGACGCCCUCCAAGCUCAUCGACCGGCUGGGUAAGGAGAUUGGUCACGAGGACUCGAUCUACUACUGGGCGCACAAGAACAACAUCCCCGUGUUCUGCCCCGCCAUCACGGACGGCUCCAUCGGCGACAUGCUGUUCUUCCACUCGUACAAGAGCCCCGGGCUGCGGGUGGACGUGGUGGAGGACAUCCGCCGCAUCAACGACAUCGCCAUGCGCGCCACGCCGCGCAAGACCGGCAUGAUCAUCCUGGGCGGAGGCGUGCCCAAGCACCACAUCUGCAACGCCAACCUGAUGCGCAACGGCGCCGACUUUGCGGUGUACGUGAACACCGCGCAGGAGUUUGACGGCAGCGACAGCGGCGCGCGGCCCGACGAGGCCAUCUCGUGGGGCAAGAUCCGCAUCGACGCAAAGCCGGUCAAGGUGUGCGGCGACGCCACCAUCCUGUUCCCGCUGCUGGUGUCGCAGACGUUUGUGCGGCAUUGGACGCCGGUGGAGCCGCUACCGGAGAAGAAGGCCGAGCAGGAGGCGGGCAAGGGCGUGACGGUGGAGACGAGCGGGGGCGUGACGGUGUUCAAGUCGAGUUUCGAUUGAGGCGGGUGGGUUGCGGAGGUGAGGGAGAGUGUUUGAGUGUUGGGUUUUGUGGAGACUGGUGUUGACAUGAGAGUGGUGUCAGUGUGCUGGAUGUGCACGUGCGUGUACACUCGUGCUUUAACCGUGCAGGAUGGCGCUCUGUGACUUUGGAGAGGUGUUGACCAACCGUUUGCUAAUUGCUUGGACGCAGCCUGUUCCUGGGGUGCUAUUGUGAGAUAAAUUCUUGACCAUAACUGGAGCCAUGCAGCAAGCACUGGAUUAACAAUUGACCUGUACCUGCCUGCACACACGAUAGGACUGGAGGCAAACGCGAGGGUAGAUCAUGCAGUGACGGAGACGGUGGGCUACAGAGGAUGCAUGAGGAUGGAGCAAUGUGCAUUCAUCACGAGGAUGAGAGGAUAAGUGACGUCGGCCAGACUUCCAGUGCCAGAUGAUGUGCCGCGUUUGUUGUGCGCUGGCGCAAAAUGGGCGCUGACGUGGUUGCAGGUUAGGUGAGGUACCCAUAUUUGGGAGGCAAGUAUGGUAGAUUGCAUUGGUGACAAGAGGUAUGGUAGAGGACGGACGAACAAACCGGAUUACGCGACUGAUACGCCGGCUGCGCGGGGCGGUGUAACACACCAUGCAGUUGGCAAGUGGCAGCAUGUCAUCAUUGUCAUGUACAUGAGGGAGACAGGCCCCAA